CUUGCGACAUUAUAUUCACACACACUUGCGGCACAGGGUUUUCAUCGAACACCUGUAGAUUUUCAAACACAUUGUGAACUGGGGCAUGGUAUUCGGGACACGUUUUUACUUUACAUUUGCAGUAUCUGUGUUUAGCUUCAACAAUGUUAAAGGGGACGGAUGCAUCAAUGAAACAUUGACGGCGACCAAGAAGGGAAAACAUCUAACGUCGCCGGGCUACCCUCUUGGGUACAAGAACAAUUUACAGUGUAAAUGGGAAAUUGUCGGACCCCAGUACAGCAAAAUAAAAGUGAACAUCCUCAGCAGUGACAUCGACCGGCAGGGGAACCUGUGAAGGAGACUACGUCGAAGUGCUUGAUGGUAGGGUGAUAGACGUUCAGUCCCGAUGCUUGAUGGAAGCACGACCAACUGGGGCGUGGCGUCUCUAGGGAGUUUCUGUGGCUUCAAUACACCUUCAUUCACAAGCAGCGGGCCCAUCAUCACAAUCAGGUUUACAACUGAUGGAUCACGAACCAGUAAGGGCUUCCGGCUGAAGUACCACUAUGAAGACUCACAGACCACACGCACAGCGUUCCUCUCCGGUGUUGGCAUAUUUGUGGGUAUUAUAUUCUUCUUCUUUGUUCUGUACAAAACUUCAUCAACAUGUGCAAGAAAACGCCACAGUGGCAGAAUUGAACUUGAAACACAGCAUCAAACUCAGGACACAGAGGUGCCAACAGAGGUUGUCGAGCCAACCAGGAAUAAUGCAGAGUUAUCUGCCCCUCCUCCGACAUACAACGAAGUUGUUGCUGACGGCAAUAUAAACAAUAAUAAAGACAAUCUGGAUGAGACUUCCCCACCACCGUAUUCAACAUUACGCAUAUCGCAUGCAUGACUUGACCAUGGGGAUUGGAAGAUACUGUUGUACACGAUUAAAAAGUAGGCAUGCAUUUAUUGACGAUGCAAUCAACGUUAUAUUGGUUUGUUAAUUGGAUGAUGUGAGAAAUUCGUGAAUUACUCGUAAAGCACGCAUCAGACAACAGUGGAGCUGUUUAGUUGAAACGUAUGAAUGUAUUUCCAUACAAAAUCAAAAUCAAUGUUUUUGUGUCAAUCUGUGUUAAUAAACUCACGAACUGUU